AUGGCACCCACACUUUGGCCACUUUUAGCUCUGCUACCCUUAACCGCAAUAGCGACCACUCCGGCAAAACUUCCCCGCGAUUGCCUGCCGGAGCACUACGAACUGCGGAUCGAAACCACCGACAGUGAGCUGUCAACGUUCAGCGGGUCCGUCCAGAUAAGUUUGAAGUGCCACGUGGACACUAGCCGGAUCGUCCUCCACUGGAAGAAUCUGUUUAUCUACGAAGAAGAUACCACGUUGAAGCAGGUUAACCUGACGAAGACGACGGUGGUGAAGGUAGCUGGGAUAAGCUUUGAGCGGGAUCGCGACUGGAUGCAGGUGGAGUUGGUGGAAAAGUUGAAGAAGGGUUCGUUUUAUGUGCUGACGGUGGCGUUUACGUCGACGCUGGAGUCGGCUGGACUGCACCGGGCUUCUUCGUUUGGCAACGACUCGCAGGCGGAUCUGAGGUGGAUCGUGGUGAGCAGAUUUUACCCGUACAAUGCUCAUACGUUUUUCCCUUGCUUUGAUGAGCCCGAUUUGGAGGCUUCAUUUAACCUUACGUUGAUCUACGAUCAACGGUUUAGUGGUAUUUGCAAUAUGAAAUUACUGCAGGAGUAUUCAAUGGUAAAAGAAUUGAAUAACUACACGGUACAGAAGUAUGCAGGCACAAAGCUGAUGGCUCCUUAUCAGUUGGCGUUUUCGUUGAAUGACUUGACGGAAGUUGAAGAAUGUGAUGAACUUCACUUUAAUAUCUACGGUUACAGUGAUGUUAAUUUAAGUGCUAUUGAGUACGCUAUCAACCACACUGCCGUGAUUCUGCAGUUCUACGAAGACACGCUUGGUUUGAUGUGGAAAACGGAGAAUCUGUCGCUUAUCAGUACGCCAGGAUUCUCACUGGAGUAUUCUGGAGCGGCUGGUUUGCUUGGAGUUCCGUACACGGUGGACCGGAAUGACAAUGAGGAGUUGAUUCAGCAGCUUGCUAGAGGACUGAUGCGGCACUUACUGUUCGACGGGAUCACGUUGAAAAGCUGGUCUGAUCUGUGGUUUAUCGAGGGAUUCGCUUGGUAUUACGGGUACGAGGCGUGGAAGUAUCUGCUUCCGAGACAUGAUACGUCCGGCUGGUACGAAGGUUGCUGGACGCUGCUUAGCUUAGAUAUGUUAAAUUCAAGUGGAUCACUGGUCGAUCCUCGUCUUCCUCUUGAAGAAAUGGGCCAAAAGGCAUUCUGUACUUUCCAAACCAUUGCGCAGAUGAUCGGACCAGCAAACUUUUUCAACGAAAGUAAGGCAUUCGUGAAUGGGAUAUUUGGAGGGGUGUUCGACAUUCAAGCGUUUGCAGAUUCGUUCAUAAGCACCAAUAAGAUGAGUAAUCCAACAAUGAAGGAACUGCUUGGAAGCUGGUUAAACGGUUCGGGAGUUGCUGUGCUUAACGUGACUCGCUCGGCAAACACGACAACGUUGCAGGUUAAUCAGCUAGGCAAUAGUACGGGAACGACCCGAUGGAUUCAAGCAUCUUCUAAUUCACAAGGGUCGAUCUGGAUCGGUUCGAAGCAAAUCAGUACGAAAGUAGCACUUCUUGAUCCACUGAAUCCGGAUAACAUCUUCUACUACAAGAUUUUGUACGACAGAGCUACGUACCGAUCGAUAGCAGACCAACUAACGCGAGCAAAGCGAGAUUCAGCUGUGACGCUGGCUCAGCUGAUCAAUGAUGCGAUGGAUUUUGCCUGGUAUGGACACACCGAGUACAGCGUUGCUCUAGAGAUGGUUAGUUUAUUGGUAAACGAAACCAACUACUUGCCCUGGCAGAGUGCCCUCAAUCAUUUCGAAAAACUCUGGUACGUGUUAAAAGGUGUCUCAAAACAUGAAUCUCUGAGAAACUAUCUCCAAGCGUUGAUCACUCCAGUGUACACUAAAAUCGGAAUUUUCACCAAGCUCCUAGGGCUGACCCCUAGCGAAAAGAAGCUCCAAACGUUGAUCGCGACCUGGGCCUGUCGGCUUGGUUCGUCAAACUGCUCUUCCACAGCCAGAAAGCUAUUUCUCAACAUCGACCAAGUUCCGGACCAUCUGCUCGGGGUAGUACUACGGGAAUCGGCCCGCUCUGGGAAUCAAACCGAGUGGUUCCUCAUUCAAGGCAUGUACACAAAAUCAACCACCACCAAGCGGCUGGUCCACGCCGUCCGAGCUAUCGGAAGCUUCGCCCAGACGUCCACCAAGGCGCUGGAACUGAUCAACGGUCACACAUCUUUCGUUCAGCCCCAUCAUAAGCGAAUCCUGCUGGAAACCCUGCUCGAGGAAGUGCCCAACCCACUGCUUCUGCAUGGAACUCUCCUCCUGGAAUAUCACAACAUUGACGAGUCCAUCAGGCGGCACGUUCUGCGCAAGAUGGCCCAACGGAUGGUGCUGGCCGAUGACCUGCUGGUGCUGCAGAAGCUGGCCGGACGGUACCAGGAUGCCCAAGCCGUUGACGUUACGGCGCUGCAGGACGCCAUCGAAAUCACGCAACAGAAACUGGAGUGGCUGAAGGGGCGGAGUGCAGAGUUUUUGGCGGCACUCAAGCGAAAGUAG